ACUUCCGUCCAAAAUGUGUAAAGAUAUAAAAAUGAAAUAUUUUGUGAUAAUUUUAAUUGCAAUUUUUGUUACGAUUGAAGCUUUAACAGAUAAAGAACAAUGGAUGCAAUAUAAGAAAAAGUACAACAAAAACUACAAAUUUAGAUCGGUAGACAACGAAAGAUUUAUAAUAUUUCAACAAAACUUACGCCAAAUAGAAGAACACAAUGCCAGAGCAGAAAGUGGUCUCUCCACAUUUGAAAUGGGCAUUACUAAGUUUGCCGACAUGACAGCAGAGGAAUUUUCUCGAUGGGUUAGUCGCUCCCAAAGCGACCACAACAGAUUUUUUUCAAAAGGUCAACAGUCGCUACAUACGGAUCUAAGCAUCAAAGCAAAUCCACCUUCUGAAGUGGAUUGGAGAAAAGAAGGAGCAGUUACAGAAGUGGGCGACCAAGGGGAUUGUGGUUCCUGUUGGGCAUUUAGUGCGGCAUAUGGUAUAGAAGCAGCCUACUUCUUCAAAACCAAACAAUUGAUUAAAUUAAGUAAGCAAAACUUGAUGGAUUGUGAUGCCCAUUCUAGUGGUUGCGAUGGAGGGCUAAUGACAAGCGCUUUCGAUUGGAUUCUAGAAAGAGGUGGAAUACAAACGGAAGACGACUAUCCAUAUGAAGCGAGGAGGAAAAUCUGCAGGUUUAAUAAUACUAAAACAACUGUCACCAUUGUUGGUUAUGUUAAUCUGCCGCAAGGGAAUGAAGCUAAUUUACUAAUUGCUGUAGCACAGAGACCUGUUUGCAUCGGCAUGCAUGCGUCACAUACAAUGCAGUUCUAUAAAAGAGGUAUCAUGAACGACCCAUACUGCUGCAGCGCAAUGAAUUGUUUAAAUCACGGAGUAAUUAUUGUUGGCUACGGAGUUGAUCUUUCUGGAGUACUUUAUUGGAUCGUAAAAAAUUCUUGGGGUGCGGAUUGGGGAAUGAACGGAUACGUAUUUAUGUCCAGAAAUAAGAAAAACCAAUGUGGGAUUGCCACCUUAGCAUCUUAUCCCAUUUGCUAAUGUUUAAAAAAUUUAAGAAAACCUUUAAUUUUUAACAGCUUUUUGGAAACUACAAGAAUUGAUUUACUGUAUACCUUGCGCCAUCUAUAGGAAACUCGACAUUAUAAGUUAUUUGAAAUGAAUGUUUUCUUUCAACAAUUCGGUAGUUUUAUUAUUGUACCGAA